ACGGUGGAGAAAUCCGAGUUUUGCAGGGCGUCCACCGGCCGCCACAGGCUGCAGCUAGCGCGCGGCCAUUAUUCCGGCUCCUCCGUCUGGCCGUAUACGUCCGCGCGUGCGUAUCUAUGUGCACGAAUACACUACACACUAGUCUAGCUACGCUCCAAGUGAGAGCAUAAACCAGUGGCUCCUCCUCGUCCUGCCCAAUAAUAGGCGUCGCGUCGGCCACUGCAUGGGAGGGGCAGGAAUAAUGGCCGAUGAUAAGCUCGCCGACCCGGCCAUGGCCAUUGCCCUUCUCGAUUGGCCGUCCUCUUGGAUUUGCGGGAACCAGGGCGCCGGCGUGCUCAACCUCGCGUCGCCGUGCGUGCAGAGGAGCCUGAUCGACUGCGUCAAUGUGCUGCUCCUCGUCGCCUACGUCUCUGCGCUGCUCGUGGCCUGCGUCAGGGGUCAGUGGGCUGGCCGGGGAAGAAGCGGCGCUGGGAGACGGCGGUGGGAGGUGGCCGUCGUGUCCGUCUGCUGCGUGGCGGUCGCGGCCGCGUACGCCGUCGCCGGGUUCACGGAGGCGACGGCCGCCGCGGCUUCCGCCGUCAGGGGGCUGGUGUGGGUGGCUGUGGCCGCUUCGUUGCACGUCCAGCCGACGAGGCCGGCGAGAACCGUGGCGGUCCUCUGGUGGACGCUCUUCUCGCUGCUGAUCACCGCGUACAAUGCGGAGAUGCUCGCCAUGGGGUAUGGCCUCGACGUCGCGGAGGCGGUGGCAUGGGCGGUGAACAUGCUCCUCCUGCUCUUCGCCGUCGGCUCGCUGCUCCGGCGGAACAACGCCCGCCAGGACGACGACGACAGCCUGUCAGAGCCUCUGAUCGACAAGGCGGGGUCGGCGCACGACUCGGAGCUAUACCGAGCUGGUCUCUUCGGCCAGCUCGCCUUCUCGUGGCUCAACCCUCUGCUCCGCCUCGGCCGCUCCAAAGCGCUGGACCUCGCCGACAUCCCGCUCAUCGCCGCCGACGACUGCGCGCAGCAGGCCUCACACAAGUUCUCCGAGGCGUGGAGCCGCCACCGCCAGGACAAGGCACAGAGUGGGCGUGCCAACAGGCUCGCCCUCGUCUUGUUCAAGUGCUUCCUCAGGGAGAUCAUGAUCGCCGGCUUCUACGCCUUCAUGAGGACGCUCGCCAUAGCAGUCUCCCCCGCGCUGCUCUUCGCGUUCGUGCGCUACAGCAGCCAAGAACAGAGGGAUCACGGCGUCGGACUGUCCCUCGUCGGCUGCCUGCUCCUCAUCAAGCUCGUCGAGUCACUGUCCCAGCGCCACUGGUUCUUCGACUCCAGGAGGACCGGGAUGCGCAUCCGGUCCGCGCUCAUGGCGGUCAUCUUUCAGAAGCAGCUCAAGCUAUCCAGUCAAGGAAGAAAGAACCACUCUACAGGGGAGAUCGUCAACUACAUUGCGGUGGACGCUUACCGGCUCGGCGAUGCUCUCAGCUGGCUGCACAUGGCGUGGAGCUCGCCGCUUCAGCUGGCCUUCGCAGUAGGUACGCUCUUCUGGGCGCUCAGGCUCGGGGCUCUCCCGGGCCUCGUCCCCCUGGUCAUCUUCGGCUUCCUCAACGUGCCAUUCGCGAAGCUUCUGCAAGGGUACCAGGCCAAGUUCAUGGUGGCGCAGGACGAGAGGCUCCGCUCCACGUCCGAGGUGCUCAACAGCAUGAAGAUCAUCAAGCUGCAGUCGUGGGAGGACAAGUUCCGGACCAUGGUUGAGUCCCUGAGAGACGCCGAGUUCAGGUGGCUGAAGGAGACCCAGAUGAAGAAGGCCUACGGCGCCGUCAUGUACUGGAUGUCCCCGACCGUCGUCUCCGCGGUCAUGUACACCGCCACGGCCAUUCUGGGGAGCGCGCCCCUGAAUGCCAGCACUCUCUUCACGGUCCUGGCCACCCUGAGGGUCAUGGCUGAGCCGGUGAGGAUGCUUCCCGAGAUCCUGACAAUGAUGAUCCAGUACAAGGUGUCGCUGGACCGUAUCGAGAAAUUUCUCUUAGAAGACGAGAUCACAGGAGCUGUCGAGAGGGCGCCAUCAGAUAAUAACUCCGAUAUCCGAGUUCAUGUUCAAGAUGGGAAUUUCAGCUGGAAUGCAAAUGCAGCCGAUCUGGCGCUGAGGAAUGUUAACCUUACCAUUCGUCAAGGAGAGAAGGUGGCUGUUUGUGGCGCGGUUGGCUCAGGAAAAUCUUCGCUCCUUUAUGCAUUACUUAGGGAGAUACCUAGAACAUCAGGAUCAGUUGAGGUAUUUGGCUCCCUGGCAUAUGUGUCACAGAACUCUUGGAUACAAAGUGGGACUGUUCGCGAUAAUAUACUCUUCGGAAAGCCUUUCAACAAGGAACUCUAUGAGAAGGCAAUCAAAUCUUGUGCUUUGGACAAAGAUAUAGAAAAUUUCAAUCAUGGAGACCUAACAGAGAUCGGUCAGAGGGGGCUAAACAUGAGUGGGGGCCAGAAGCAAAGGAUUCAGCUUGCCAGAGCCGUCUACAACGAUGCGGAUAUCUACCUCCUAGAUGACCCUUUCAGUGCCGUCGACGCACACACUGCCGCGGUUCUUUUCUAUGAUUGUGUAAUGACAGCACUUUCAAAGAAGACUGUCAUUCUUGUGACGCACCAAGUUGAAUUUCUAACUGAAACUGAUAGGAUCCUGGUAAUGGAAGGCGGUCAAGUUAAACAACAAGGAAAAUACUCAGAACUGCUGGAAUCCGGGACAGCGUUUGAGAAGCUGGUUUCUGCUCACCAGUCCUCAAUCACAGCACUUGAUACAGCUGCCAGCCAACAAAAUCAAGUCCAAGAACAGGUGCUUGACGACAGUAUAAUGCCAAGUGCAUUGCUGUCAACACGGCAGACUAGCGACAUCGAAGUCUCAACAAAGGGACCUUCAGUGGUCCAGCUCACGGAAGAGGAGGAGAAGGGGAUUGGCAACCUUGGAUGGAAGCCAUAUAUAGACUAUAUAGAGGUCUCUAAGGGAAUUUUACCUUUCUGCGGGAUGUGUAUAGCUCAGGUGCUUUUCACAGGCUUCCAGAUUAUGUCCACAUAUUGGUUGGCUGUGGCUAUUCAGAUCAAUGUCGGUAGUGCUCUUCUGGUCGGGGCAUAUUCAGGGCUCUCUAUAUUCAGCUGCUGCUUUGCCUACCUUAGAAGCCUAUUUGCUGCUACUCUGGGACUCAAGGCCUCCAAAGCAUUCUUUACUGGUCUAAUGGAUUCUGUAUUCAAGGCACCCAUGUCAUUCUUUGAUUCAACACCAGUUGGGAGAAUAUUGACAAGGGCUUCUUCAGACUUAAGCAUUCUUGACUUUGACAUACCUUACUCCAUGGCUUUUGUGGCGACUGGCGGUAUCGAGGUCGUCACAACAGUACUGGUCAUUAGUACUGUAACUUGGCAGGUCCUAAUUGUGGCAGUCCCUGUUGCAAUCACCAUGGUAUAUGUUCAGAGGUACUAUGUAGCCUCAGCCAGAGAGCUAGUCAGAAUUAAUGGAACAACAAAGGCACCUGUCAUGAACUAUGCCGCAGAAUCGAUUCUUGGUGUGGUGACAAUCAGGGCUUUUGCUGCAACAGACAUGUUCAUCCGCAACAAUCUGCAGCUCAUAGACAAUGACGCAACAAUGUUCUUCCACACUGUUGCUGCACAAGAGUGGGUGCUUAUAAGAGUAGAAGCACUGCAAAGCUUGACAAUACUCACGUCAUCAUUGUUCCUUAUUUUGAUUCCUCCAGGAUUAAUUUCACCAGGCUUUGCGGGUCUUUGCCUCUCCUAUGCUUUGACCCUGACUUCGGCACAGGUUUUCCUGACAAGGUUCUACUCCUACCUAGAAAAUUAUAUCAUUUCAGUUGAGAGGAUCAAGCAGUAUAUGCACCUUCCAUCAGAGCCCCCCGCUGUAAUACCAGAUAACAGGCCUCCAAUUUCAUGGCCACAGGAAGGAAGAAUAGACCUGCAAGAUCUUAAGAUUAAAUACCGUCCGAACACGCCACUUGUUCUAAAAGGAAUCAGUUGCACCUUCCCUGCUGGAAAAAGAAUUGGCGUUGUCGGGAGGACAGGAAGCGGGAAAUCAACACUUAUAAGCUCACUGUUCCGUCUUGUUGAUCCUGUGGGUGGGAGGAUACUUAUUGACAACUUAGACAUCUGUUCUGUGGGUCUCAAGGAUCUAAGAACUAAACUGAGUAUUAUCCCCCAAGAACCUACACUUUUCAGAGGAACUGUGCGCAAUAACUUGGACCCCCUUGGCUUGCACUCCGAUGAUGAGAUAUGGGAGACCUUGGAGAAGUGUCAAUUAAAGAGAUCAAUUAGCAGCACUGCUGCUCUUCUCGAUACAGUCGUGAGUGAUGAUGGCGAUAACUGGAGUGUUGGACAGCGCCAGCUCUUCUGUCUUGGUAGAGUUCUCCUCCGUAGGAACAAAAUUCUAGUGCUAGAUGAAGCAACAGCGUCCAUCGACUCAGCAACUGAUGCAAUCCUGCAAAGUGUCAUCAGGCAGCAGUUCACUAGUUGCACCGUGAUAACCAUUGCUCACAGGGUCCCAACUGUGACAGACAGUGACAGGGUCAUGGUACUUUCCUAUGGUAAGCUUCUAGAAUAUGACACACCCACCAAGCUGUUGGAAGAUCAAGAAUCAGCCUUUGCUAAACUUGUGGCGGAGUAUUGGGCUAAUUGCAAGCGGAACUCGACCUGAUUCUAUCAUUCCAUGCCAGUGCAUUAUACCGAGAUGAGGGAUUCAGUUAAGAUAUAAGGUGAAAUUACUGGAAAUAGCGAAGACAUCAACGACAGUGUACUUUUGGUCAGCGAGGACAAAUUUUUGGAGAUAGGGUUGAUGGAGAGAGCUAGCUCGAGUGAGAUGCACUGAGCCGGGUCCUCCAAAAUAAACAUGCCAAUAUAUUGACGUAGGGUAUUCAUUGCAAAACGGAAUUGAGGGUCCACUUGUAGCAUCAUAAAUGGCACACUUCAGCUGUAUGUCCGUAUGAAUAAAAGGCAAAUAAGAAGUGUCAAGAUGCCAGUAUUUACGAUAUUUUCCCAAGGCAUGCCACACAAAAAAUUUACUGUGUAUAUUGUGUCCUAAUACUGACAAAUUUCGAGAUUGUUGGUUCAA